AUGAGAAGAAUAACGGAUAUUGGGAUGCACUGCAAACGGCAGAUGAUAUGCGAGGAUAAACAGACAGGAGGAGUAUUACGUGUUCCUGCUGAUGUAUUGUACAUGAUGUCGAGGUAUGAACGGCGCUUGCAAGGCUUUUGCAGAAGUACUGGAGUGAAUGAGGCGGUGCCUGUGCAUGCACCAUGGAAGAUGUCGUACGAAAGAAAAGUGGUAUAUGAUUGCAAGACGGUGUUUGAUGUAGAUCUGUGUCCUUUUGUGAAUCUGAGCAGCCUGUGCAUAAGAAACACAUGCUACUUUGAUGUGUAUUCGAUUAAUGGGAGUAUGAUAAGAGUGCUGGAGAUGGAGAAUAUCUCGAAAGUGGAUGUAACACGAAUGCCGUGUAUGGAUUUGCUGGAAGAGAUAAAGAUGAAGGGAUGUACAAUAUCAUAUGCAAGUCUGGAGUGUAUCUUAAGUAUAGGAACACUGGUGAGUGUAUCGCUUGAUGGAGUUGUUGUAUCUGAGGAGGCAGCAAACAGAAAUGGAUUUUGUAGUCAUGGAGUUGGGAUGUAUAGCGAUAUGCUUAUGAGGAUGGUUGAGCAAAUGCCUCGACUGAAGCGAAUUGAAUUGGUUAAUAUGGAAGUGGAUAUAGAAAGGGUUGUCAGUGGAUGUGUUAUGAGUGAUGUGACAUGGUUUAAGGUACGGAGCAAGGAUGUGCAUGUGGAAGUUGCAUUUUGUGCAUUUGCAAGUAGGAUCAGAUGUCUCAAUGGCAUGAAGUAUCUAUCAGGCAUUGAACUGUGCGAAGCCGAGGCUAUGUGUGUGGAAGGCAGUGACAUAAAGCAUUUGAGUGAGAUGAGUGUUCCAAGGGUGAGCUUUCUCAGUGUGCGCAACGCAGAGAUAGAUGGCAGGCUUGCAAGAACGAUGUGCACGAAGUACUCUAAGCUUGUUAGGAUUGAGUUUAUAGGAUGUAGAUUUGAAGGAACAGUGUUUUAUGAAAUAAGCACGCACUUCAGGAAUUGCCUGAGGUAUUUGAAUUUGAUGAAGUCUGACCUGCCUCACGAUUACAUGUGCUUUUUGGGAGGCAUACUGAGGCACUGUGUCGUAAGAUUGAAGAAUGGAGAGCAAGUGGUUGUGAGAAGGAAGGAAUCUGGAGAUUGA